GAGUAUAACCCCAAUAAAUGGCCAUUGAGUCUCCCUAUACAGCUGUAUUCUAAAAGGCUAGCGAGAUGGCAAGGUUCUACAUUCAAGCUGUGCGGAGUUGGUUGAGAGAUCAUUUUUUUAAAAAAAGAAAGGAAAGAAAAGAAAGAGAGAGUGCAUUUGUUGAAAAUGGAAGCAAGUUAUUAGAGAAGCUGAUUGCCUCUUGCAAUGGCAGGUCUAUUCCCAUCCGCAACUUCUCUGCUCAACAGCUCCACCUAGCAACCAACAACUACUGUGAACCUCAUCUAGAAUAUUGGUACAAGGGCUCUCUUGAAGGACGAAUUGUUCUCGUUAAUCGACUUUCUGAUGCUAAAAUAUUGGCCUAUUUAACUAUCAAUGAUAUAGUGAUUUCUGCACAGAUGAGUGGUCACAGCAAUGUAUUAAAGCCCAUAGGGUGUUGUCUUGACACUCCAUGUCCCAUUUUAGUGUAUGAAUUCGCUGCCAAUGGUAUCCUUGCAGAUCGAAUUUAUGUCUCCCGUGUUACUGAACUACGACAUCAGCCUAUGGUGUGGGAGAGAAGGUUAAAGAUUGCAAGGCAGAUAGCUCAUGCUAUUUCCUAUCUCCAUACAGCCUUCGAAAGACCUGUCAUCCACAUGUAUAUACAUAUGCGCAGUAUAUUAUUAGAUGAACCUGAUGUUCCCAAAUUGUCCACCUUUCUUUUUUCUGUAUCAAUCCCUGAGGGUGAAACUGACGUGAAAGGUUAUCAAGGCUUUCGGAAAACAAGGUUCUGCGCCCCUGAGUUUAGAAGAUCAGGCAAGGUAACGGAGAAAACUGAUGUAUAUUACUUUGGUGAGCUUCUUCUAGAACUUUUAACUGGAGAGGAUUCUUCAAAUAUAACCCGAUUGAAAAUUGAUGAUGGUUCUAUCUUAGUACAAUACAUUCAUAACCGUGCUCAAGGUUUUUGCAUAAACGAGAUCGUGGAUCCUACAAUCUUGGCAGAUGGGGAAGGAGGUGCUAGUUUACAGCGACAGUUACAAGCUGUGUUGGACCUUGCCUUGAUAUGUACAGAGAAAGACCCACAUAGAAGGCCAACUAUGGUAGAUGUCACCAAACAACUCAGACGGAUUGAGAGAUUCACAGAGGUGGGUGAAGAGCUUUUGGGGAGUUUGCAGAAUUUAAAGCUUCAUCAGCGUUAUGAAAUGUUACUAUGGAAGAUUGCAAAUGAUAUCUUACUAACAGAAGCUCAAAAGAAGCAAAAAUGUGAGAUUGAAACUACUUGCUGUCCUUUGUGUGACAUUGAAAACGAAACAUGCCUACACUUAUUCAAAAACUGUUCUGUAGUAAAAGCAGCUUGGUUUAGUUCAAACUGGGGAUUUUGCAUUGAAUCUUUAAAUGUUAAUAACAGCUUUGAUCUCAUUAAGAAUAUAGUCGUUCCUCCAGCUCAUGUGUUACACGAGCAGGUCACCAAGGAGCAGUUUGUUCUUAUGGCAGCAAAAAUUAUGGAUUACAUUUGGAGGCUACGAAAUCGAGUGAUGUUCCAGAAUGAAAAAGUAAAUUUCCAAGCAAUUCCUUUUGAAAUUUCACGGAAGCUUGAAGAGCAUGCUUCUGCAUCAUUGAAGAGGAAUGCUUCUAAUGAUGAAAGCCAAGCAGUGAAAGAAGCCUGUGAAAAACCUCCGGAAGCUUAAUUGUGAUGCAAUAGAGGGAUGACAGGGCUUGUAUAGCAGUUUCAAUCUCUGAUUAGGAAGAAAAUAUAAAAGUUUGCAGGCAGAUUGAGAGGUUUCUUCCAUGAUUAGUUAUCUUCUCACUUAUUGAUCCAAGUUCCUUUCCAACUAUCAAAUGUUAGACUCCUAUCAAAAAAAAAAAAAAAAAAAAACUAUCAAAUGUUAGACAUGUAUUUACCAAAAGGAUUUGGUCUCAUGUUGUGCUGUUAUGAUUGGAAAAUAAUAUAGGCAUUUAGGGUGAUGUUGGCAUGAGGUCUUGCAAUGGGGCAUAAGAGAUUUGAAGAAUGUUUCAAGGUCUUGUCUUCCAUGGUUUGUUACAUCAUGAUACAUAGAUGUGCAAGAGUUCACAAUGGCAACGUUGAAUUUGAAGAGGCAAUAUUGCAAUGUUUGAAACUAAACAGUGGGUCUCAUAUUGAGUACGGUAAGGCAGUUAAAAACUCAGUUUUAAAUAGUUGGUUCUAUUUUAGUUUGUCU